AUGCGCUCUCCAGCGAGGCCCUUGCUUGUUUCGAUGUCUCAACGCCUGUUCUGCUUCCGACUUUGUGCUACUGCCACUGUCGUUGGUGCAUCUGCGGUCGGCCUGUCUUUUGGACGCGGAUCUCCCCUCGACUCCUCGACCUCAGACAAGAGGAAAGCCACGCCAGCACCAGAGCUGGCACCCGGUCCGAUGCCUGCUACCACCCAAACCACAUCUGCGACAACGACCGCGGUCGCUCCCUUCAGUGCCCCUAUACCGUUCGUCCCUACCUCCCGCAUCCCCAUCGCGACUCGGAUGCAGGACGGCCGUCCCCAGAGACGGCCGAUCGUGAGGAGGAUGACCAGCAGUGACGCGCCCAUGCGGCCGCCGAGUGCUGUAGUCAAUGGCUUUGCAGUCAGUGAGCACGGCGCAGACGAGUCGGACGUCGGCACCCACGUGUCGAGGAGAGCCUCGUGGAUGAAGAGGCUUUCGACCAUCUCAGUCUCGCAACACUCGAGUAGAAGCCAUAGCCCUGCGCCAUUGUCUCCUUCUGUGUCUUGCCCGAAUGGUUCUGUGGCCUUCUCCCACGAUAGGUCCGCUGUACCGAUGAUGGGCAGACAUACUCCUUCCCAAUUGUCGCCAAACAAGCUCGUGAAACGGUCCUCGUCAGUGCGUGCUCCUCGUGACACUCACUCUGCCCAUGGUUCUGGUACCAGCUCCCUUCGUCCUUCGUUCCGCCGCCCGGCCACCAGCCAUCAACGGUCUGCAACCCUGCAGAACUACCACUCCUUACUACCGGUUACGAGAGAAUCGCCAUCACUGGAAGUCAAGCCCUCUUCGGCGAGCACCGACAGUGAAGCUGAGUACACACAGUUCUUCACUGCUAAGUCGUUACGAGGCAGGACGCUGUCCAGGCGCUUCAGUCCCAAUAUUACCAGGGUCAAGCGCAUCUUCCCAGACGAGAAGCAUCGAGCGACGCUGGUCCUGGCAAGAGCAGUCACUGCAACUGCCGAGGACCUGGAAGAGUCGGCAAGUGAAGCAGGUGAAAGCGUGUUUUACGUUAGCAGGCCAGGCACCCCACUGAGCUACACGGCGGCUGUCGCAACAUCCAAACCUGGGGCUCCACACUUCACCGAGAACACGCACAUACGACCUCCGACUGCAUUCUCAUCCACCGUUGUUUCUGAAGAUGCCUCGCGGCGCAGGCGUUCUUUCUCAAUUGCUGACCUCUUUCCCACCUCUGGAUCCAGCGCCAAGAAACAGCGCCUCGCCAAACAACCCGGCAUGAAACACACCUGUGGGUCGAGUCAGCGCAUCAGCUCUGAUCCCAUAAUACCAACGAUGGGCAAGCGCUCCAACACUACACAAGGCGCGCUGCCAGAACGACGCAAUUUGACCGACCCGGCGCCUCCAAAACGCGAUAUUUUUUCAUCAACCGGUAUCGCCGAGUCCAUCAGCCACCAUCAUGGAGCACCUGGAGGCUCUUCGACAUCGCCGUCGUCCACACUACCACCGCCCCGUUGCGCGAUGACAGUCCCUGGCAACCGGUUGGCAUCAAUGCCUCAGCUAGAGGCUAUUGCCUCAGCCGCGCCAGCCACCAAUCAAGCCCCACCAUCGCCCUCGACGCUAGCGCAAGCGGGCGUUCGCCCGUCGCGUCAUUCCAUCGCUCCCUCAGAACAAGCAUCCACAUUGGUCGGCUCUUCUGAUCAUGAUGUUCGCGCCGUAAGCUCGGUCGACGAAGACGACGCCGAUUUUCGCGGCGAAACUCUCUAUGAUUCGCUGCGCACCGGCGCAAGGAGUGUAUCUGAUGCUCGAGGGCUUCGCAUAGAGACCAUAUUUGACGAUUCUCCCCCUGCCAAGGUCAAGGUCACAGCCCUGCAAGACCUUCUACCGUCUGGCGCCUUUACGGACGACCUCACUAACGAUACUUCCGGUGAUCACAGCAUUGCCGAGGACGAUGAAAGUAUCAUUACACCUGUGCGCACGGUACGACCAGAGCGCUUCCUCCAAGAAGCUGUAAGCUUCUCGCGCGCAAACAGCACGACCGCAUUCCCCAGCCUGAUACCGUCGUCGCCCCCGGGCAUGUCUAAGCCGCUAUCCCUUGGGACGCUGGAAUGGGAUUCUACGGCCGGCGACGAUGAUAGCAGCAGUAGGUGGUCACUUGACGAACAGGAAGGUGAAGACCCUUGGGUUGACCGUCCACUAGCCAGCCAUCUCGCUAAACCAAUUACGUUGCGGCGCUCGAACCCGCGCUUGCUUGCUUCAGUCCCAAAUUCGAAGCCAACGACUCCACAACAUCUUGCACUUGACCACGUCGACCGUGAUGCACGUAGCAGCAUCUUCGAUUGGUCUGAACAGCAGCCUGCUGCUCAGAGCUCGGGGAAUCGAACGCCGCCACGUCCCCGAACAGUCCACGGCAAAAAGGAUGCAAACCGAAGGGACAGUCGGUCGGUUGGCAGACGUGCUCCGAGCGGGUUACACACGCGCAGCCAGAGUGUGCCUGUUGUUCCAGAUGUGGUUGGCAAGCGUAGCACAGUAGUCACCAACAAGUUUGGAACAUGGGGCAUAGGUAGCAAAGGUGUCACUGAGGAUUGGAACGACGACUUCGAUUUCUCAGAACUCGCUGAGGAGCCGACUCCUAAGAGCGUAGCCGGAUCACAGCGCAUCGACAGCGGUUCAGCAAUGGUGGUACCCAAGAGCAUUCAAGAGCAACAGAACAAUGUCCUGGCAAACAUCAGUCUCUUGCGCGAAUGGGGCCUUCUCAUCGAGGAGCUCAAAGAACACAAGGUUCGUGCCAUCGCCCUUGGCAUCAUGGAUGGGCCACAAUCAGGGAUGUGGGAAGAGGUGGAUGCUAUGAUCGACCUCGCAGAUCAAGAAGCGGAACACGAAGAAGUUCCUCAAGCAACUCCUCCCUCUUCGCCAGGGUUUGAUGAAGCUGCGUUUGAUGACGUUUCUGGCAGUCCUAAUGUUGGUCGCGGACGGCGCAAGGCGGGGUCGCCGAAUGACGAUCUUAGCAACACCAAAACCGUGCGCCCAAGGAAAUCGAUCUUACCGCCAAAUGACCGAAUCUUUGGCCCCCAAUCUCCCGCACCACCAAGGCCGAAAUACGAAGCGCCAGCGACCCCAGAAUCCAGGCCUAUUACGCGUCCUCGGAAAGACUCAGAAGCCAAAGCACGAUCAGUCAUCGAAGCACUGCAGACUAGGAGAAGCAUCUUCGAAUCUCCUGCGCCUGCAGCACCGACACCUUCGCCAAAGAAGGUGCCGUUCGACACUGCGACCCUGCGACGUAUAGUGCCCUAUGUCAGCGGCUUGACACACAAAGUCAAAGUUACCAUCAGGGAUGCGGAAGGACUUUACUACAGUCCGACCACCAGCCCGCAGCACGAAGAGCCUCCAUUCGCCAUGAGUCCAUUCCAGGUGGACGCGGAGCUCACAUCGCACAUGAAACUAAUGACAGUUAUGUAA